AUGUCCCCUGCUGGCGAGACAGGCACAUCGGCUACUCCGCAACGUGCCAAUGCAUCAGGUCAAUGUGAUAGUAAAAUAGAAUCCACCCCAAACAGCCAUGGGGCUUUCAUCAUCAGCGAGAAUAUCAGCUUGGUGGAUGUCCAGGUUAAGGAGGUCCGGCCAUGGAUUCAGUGGGACAUUGAGCAGGCCAAGCAGUGCAGGGCAGAUGCCAUGCUGCAAGCCCUCCUACAGCGCACAUAUUGUGCUCCGGAGACAAAACAGCCCAAGCUCCUGCAAAAGUGCCUGAAGGGAGUUCUGCCUGUUUGUAAUGGACAGGUCUCCGCUGGAGGCAUAUCCUCUUUAGGCAUCAAGACAGCACUGAAAGAAUACCCUUUUAUUGAUGCUACGAACAUUGCACUCGCUUGUCUUGAAGAGAUCGAGAUUGACAGGAUGUGCGCUCCUGUCUCCGCCAUGGACAUGAUCUGGCCGCAGAACAAUAUGCCCAUGUACCAAACCUACCAAAUGGAUGACCAGAAGGACGAUACAAAGGACAGUCAGAAGCGCAAGGCUUACAUGGUCAAGAAUGCAAAGCCAAAGCCAAAGAAUCUCCUCUGGAAAGAUGUUCUGGCUUGCAUUGAGUUCAAGAGAAAGACAGGGAGGAUGAAAGGGAUUAAGCUGCCGCCCUCUCGAUAUCUGCCAGUGGAUCAUCUGAAGGCUGAAGUGCCUCUGCCAGGUCCUUCGCAGUCCCCAGCAACACAACCUGCAUCCGAUACUGCGCCUCAAUCUUCCGGCCUUACUGCUGCACAGCCUGCCAAGGGUGGAUCCAACUUCAAGCGCAAGGUCGCAGACACUUUGGAAUCUACCACAAUAAAAUUCAAGGUCAAUCCUGACGAGCCAGAUGUGACCAUCCAGAUGGACAAUGUGAUCUGGACCUGGUAUUAUGAUCACCAGGGCACCGUUCAAAGCUUGGGCAUUAACUUCAUUCAAGAUCUCCCGCGAUUCAUGGUGCUGUUGCUUGCGUUACAAUGCCUCAAGGUUCAUGAUUGGGGCCGGAACAAGGACCUCCUCCCAGUUCAAGUUGAGGGGAAACAAUACCACAAAUUGAAAAUCAAGGAUGAAGAUCUUGGAAUGGCAAGUCGCACUAGCGAGCCAGAGAUCCUGAAAAAGGUUGAGGAGAUUGCUAAGAGGCAUGCAACUGUCCAAGACCAUGUUCCUGAGCUCCUUUGGCACCACACGUUCACGAAUCCCACAUCUGUCAUCCGAGAAGUGCUCGAUGUUCUGGAACCCAGUAUGGGCAGUUGUGUGUUCUACAUUCUUGUAUUCCACAAGCUCUACCCCAUCAUGAAGCUUCAGGGCAAGGAUCUUUUCGAUGUAUGGCGUAGUGUAUUUUAUCAUGCAGGCCACCUUACUCUGUGGAAGGAAGGGGUCCAUCAUCAAGAUGUCAGCCCUGGAAACUUGAUGCGGUACUGGAAAGACGGGAAGCAGAUUGGCAUUUUAAACGACUACGGUCUGUCCUCAUUGGCAGAUGACCCAGGACCUCAGGGCAAUGAACACACCGGCAUGGUACCGUUCAUAGCGCUCGAUCUUCUCACUGAAAAGGGUCAACAUGGCAAAGUGAAACACCUAUAUCUCCAUGAUCUGGAGUCGUUUAUGUGGUGUUUCGCCUGGAUUUCCUUGCAUUACGAGAAUGGAGUCCUUCUACCAUAG